UUACGUUUGAGCACGUUUUGAGCGGCACCGAGUCAAGAAGUCAACCGAGUUGACCGAGUGCUUGAUUUCUUGAUUGUGGUUUGAAUUAAUGUUUGUCGCUGAUCCUCGAUCGUCCAAAUCCCAAUCAUUAGUGUGAUAUUGCGUCCAGAAAUCACAGCCCUCCGCCAUGGAACCACCGAGCUGUCUGUGCUGACAGUGCUGUAUUUGACGUACAGUACAGGACCUUCUCGGCGUCGACAUGGAGAUUCCGCUGCUGGCGCGGCCGAAGCGCGGUGAAACCGACGAAGAACUCUUGCGCAUGCAGGAUGACUUCUUGAAGAGUGGCGGGAAACCGUCGGUUGAGGUGGUUCGGUCUGCUAAGAAACAGGACAGUCCGGAACGUGGUGAUGGAGCGAAUCGAGGGACACCUUCGAACGCGUCAAAAUUGCCGCCACAAGUCGAAGACAGUACGACCAAGUCUCCCUCAGACGUCCCACUUGCGUCUGUGCUCUGCGAUGUCGUGGAGCGCAGUGUGGAACAAAGCAGCGCUCUGCCACCAACGGCGCCAACCACAUCGUUUCCUGAGGUUGAGCAGCUCAAGGUGCUGGGGGCUCCGCCUUCGAUCGGACACAAGAGCCUGUUUGCACUGCGGGCCAAGCGGGGCAACUCUUCGUCCGGUUUGAGGGAUUCCGACGUACCACAAACCAGCUCCUGUCCAGUCUCGAACGGCGGUGCCCUCGCACUCAGUGACCGAGAAGCCAUCCACGCUGAGAACCUGGAGCGACUGCAGAACAUGUCGCACGCGGAAAAGGUGCAAGCUCGGGAUCAACUCCUGGCCCGGCUUGUGCUCCUGUGCAUAAAGUAUGCAGUCGAGCUGUGCUGCUCUGCACUGUGCCACCGCAUGAAAUUGACAAAUGCUUUAUAG